UAGUCGACGUAAACACAACACAGACCUAAAACAAAAUGUUCAAAUUGGUGGUGUUGUCUGCUCUUUUGGCCGUUGCCAGCGCUGGAGUCUUCCAUGGUGCCGCUUACAGCAUCCCAACUGCCGUAAGCCACCAAUCCAGGACCGAUGUCUUCAGCAAACCAGUUGUAGCUUACUCUGCUGCUCCAGUCGUUGCUGCUUACACCGCUCCAGUUGUGAAGACCGUUGCCGCCGCUCCAGUAGCUUACACCUCUCCUUUGGCGUACAACACUUACGCUGCUUACUCCGCUCCAGUUGUUAAGACCAUUGCUGCUGCUCCAGUAGCUUACUCUGCUCCAAUUAUUAAGACUGUAGCUGCUGCUCCAGUAGCUUACACCGCCGCUGUCGCCAUCCCAACCGCCGUAAGCCAUCAAUCCAGGACCGAUGUCUACAGCAAACCAGUCGUAGCUUACUCUGCUGCUCCAGUAGUUUCUGCUGCUUACACCGCUCCAAUUGCCACCGCAGCCUACGCCGCUCCAGUAGCUUACAAAUACGCUGCUUCUCCAUAUGCUUACACCGGUUACGGAUACGCCGGAAAAUUGGCUUACGCCCACUAUUGAGCAACGUCGACCUGCUAA